AAGAGAGAGAGAGGGAGAGAAAGAGAGAGAGAAGCGCUUGACAUCUACUCCGUUUGAAUUCAGACCGCUGUCACUACCAGCAGCUCGCAGCUUUGGGAUAUAUCUGCAGGAUAUUUGCACAACAAUGGCCAUUCACCAGCAGUGAGGAAGACUUUUAUCCUCAACCCCCCUUCCUCCCUUUGUCCCUGACACCUUGACACGACAAUUUUACAUCUGCUUCUUACUCAUAUCACUCGCUCCAUCUUCUUGAAGCGUUUCCAUUUCAACUCCUCCUCCUCUCCCCCAUACCCUUCAACCCUUAUUUUUAUUUCAAACAUGGAUUCCUCUGGAGAUAUAACCUCGGCCCAGGAUGGACAUGCUGAGCUCAGGGCCAGCCCCGGUCGCUAUGAUCUCAGCGGACUGUACCAUCUGGGUCGGACGUUGGGCAGGGGCCACUUUGCGGUGGUCAAACUGGCUCGUCAGAUCAACACUGGGCAGUUGGUUGCCGUCAAGAUGAUCGACAAGACAAAACUUGAUGUCAUGGCAACAAGCCACCUCUUACAGGAAGUGAGGUGCAUGAGGCUGGUGCAGCAUCCCAACGUGGUUCGCCUCUACGAGGUCAUCGACACACCCACCACCCUCUACCUGGUCAUGGAGCUGGCUGAGGGGGGUGACCUCUACGACUACAUCCUGCGCCACGAGGGAGGCGUGGCCGAAGAAACCGCCAAGCGUCAUUUUGCCCAGAUCGUGCGCGCUGUGGCGUACUGCCAUCAGCUCCACGUGGUGCACCGGGACCUGAAGCCAGAGAAUGUGGUGUUCUUUCCCCAGCAGGGGGCCGUGAAGCUGACGGACUUUGGGUUCAGCAAUUUAUUCCAACCGGGGAUGAUGUUGGCCACCAGCUGCGGGUCACUGGCGUACUCGGCUCCAGAGAUUCUACUGGGGGAAGAGUACGAUGCUCCAGCUGUGGAUAUCUGGUCUCUUGGGGUGAUCCUGUACAUGUUGGUGUGUGGAGUCCCUCCCUUCCAGGAAACCAAUGACAGUGAGACUCUGGUCAUGAUUCUGGACUGUCGCUACUCCGUCCCCGAACAUGUUUCAGACGACUGCAGAGAACUCAUCUCCAGCAUGCUCCAGAAGGAUCCAUCUCUCCGUGCCUCGCUCGAGGAGAUCGAGGGUCACCACUGGCUGCAAGGGCUGGAUAACGCCCUUCUCAGCCCAGAGGCUCCGCCCCACUGGCUUUCAGGGGCCCUCUCUCCCAGCUCUCCACGCUUAGGAGUGCCUGAGUGUGGGGACCUGCUCGCUGCGAGGCCCCCAUCUCAGCUGGCUUUCCCUGGGACUUGGCAGCCCAGCCUCAGCUACACCCUCCGUCCACCUCUGAUUGAGGAGCCUCCUGUCACAAAGAACCUCCCGGCAUUACAGCAGAUCUGUGAGGAGGAGGAAGAAGAAGAGGAGGAGGAAGGGGUUGAGGAGGGCAGUUUGGCAAAAGAGGGUGAAGGUUUGGUGUUAUCUUUGUUAGUAGAAGAGCCGGAGGAAGAAGCUGAGGAGAUGCUUGAUGGAGCAGAUGAUCCAGAGUGCAGGAAAGAGAAAGAAAUAUUGGAGGAGGAAGAGGAGGAUAAAGCAGAGGUUGAGAUGGAAACAGAGAAAGAAGACAGUGAGGGUGUGAUUUCAGACCAACCUGUCAGUCAUGGAGACAAUUCUGUCAGUCAGAGUCCUGAAAUCCCACCAUCAUCUCUGCCUGGUUUGGGGGUCCCGUGCUGUCAGGGACAGCCAGACUCCAUUAGCUCAGAGGGAAGAGAAGACGGGGAGACAGAACCCAACAACAACACCAACAAACUUCCUCUUCUCCCUGAAUCCGUCUCUUCUGUCCCCUCCAUGCCCGAUCCCUUUGUUAGCCUCAGCCUGAACGAGAAAGAAGCUCAAAAGACAGAACAGGAAGGAAAACAAGACGAGAGGACGGAGAAAAGCGGGAGAGAUGACCUCUCAACAGACAGAUCUCAACCCCACAAUGCACUGGGGGCUCGUGAUGAGGCUGCUCAAAGGGUAGAGACAGGAAAACGGCACAGCUUAAAGCUGCGCGAGAGACUCUUUCAGUUCCCUCUGUGUGAAAAAGCUCUGGCCUUCAACAUACCGGCACACAACAAACCCAAGAUCCUCCCGCUGGCUCAGUACAACUGCUGCCAUGUGCUAUAAGUGGAGCCAGCCUGGGUGCUACAUGUGUUGUGCUGCUGGCUCACUUGGGACACGCAGGCUGUUUAGCAGUCAGCAGGCAGCCAGCUACACAGCACAAACCUUGUGAAGUGGCAAAUUGCUGAACUCCCCGCGCUGAGCCUUGCUGCCACACGGACCUUUAGGCACAGGAGCAAAGGCCUUCAGCAUGCAGAUACAAAGUGUACAGGGUUGGACGUCUAAGGCUUCAUACAUACAGACACUCGGUUCUAGCAUCGUGCUCAUGUAAUAAACAUUGUGUCAAGCUAGAGUUUGUGUACAGCACAGUAGUUUUGAGACGUAGUAGAAACUCAUCCAUUUGCUGCUGUGUACAGGAGCAGGUGUGUUCAAUAUGUAGCUCAGUAGGAACAAUACUGGACCUACAGGUGGUGAGACUGAAGAGAGGGACUUUAUAUACAGGGGGUCAAGGAGACAUAAUUAGUGCAACAGUUUAUUACUGAAAUAAGCUAUAGUCUGUUUUGUGUGUUUAAAAGGUGCCUACUGCGAUUAAUGGAUUUCAUACUGUAUGUGGCAACUGUCACCUGGUUCUGACUGUAAAAAGUCGAAAAGCUCUAAAAGUCAGAAUGUGUUAGCACUCAGUAGAUCCAUGACUAUGAUCAUAUUUGAUAUUAUAUGGAUUAGAAUAAACUUUGAACCAGCUUCUGCUACAGAGUAGCACUCAUUUCCUCUUCCCUUUGCACAACCUGCUUUUCUCAUUGUUUGAAAGCUAUUAAUAUAAGCUCUUAUAAUGAAAGACUGAGACUGUUAUAUGAUCUGAUUUGAGAUAUGAUAUAUGAUAUGAUAUGAUAUACUGUAUAAUAUAUAUGCCUAAGAUUGAGAUGCAUAUAUGAUUUUCUGUCCUCUUAAUCCUAAAGUCUUAUUCAUUUGAUGGCUUGUCCUAACAUACUAUAUAAUAAUGUUGAUAGGAUCAUUGACCAUUGAUUGGGAUGCAGGUCUUCCGUUGUAUUUGAAGUGCUUAUUUUUAAUUCUACUAAACAUUUUA